AUCCCUUCAUACAGCUGCAGGGAAUAUAUGUCCAGCACUGUGCGCUCCGCGCUACCACAGUCCACUAUGGAACGGAAAGGGGAUGACUGGCACAGGACCGAAGAAGAAAGAAGACACCACAAGUCCCAGGAUGACGGGUUACAGGAGCGAGAUGCUCUAUGUUCUGGAGAAGCCCCAGAUGCGAGGCGAGGAGGAGCGGCUUCGAACUUUUGAAAACUGGCGGAGGGACACACCAGUCACCGCGGGCAACCUGGCCAGAGCGGGAUUCUAUUUUCUGGGGACAGAAGAUAAGGUUCAGUGCUUCUGUUGCGGAGGGAUCCUGCGGUACUGGGUCCAUGGGGACAGUCCGAUCCUCGAACACAAGAGGCACUUCCCCACCUGUAGUUUCGUGCUGGGUAGGGCCGUUGGGAAUAUCCCGCUGUUUGUCGUUUCCAGGUCCCCUUCUGACUCCGUGGACGGUCAGCUGUUGAGCCAGCUCCAGAGGAUGACCGUGGACGACCAGGGAACGGCCGGGCAGGCUGUCUACCCUGAGAUGGAGUUAGAGGAAUCCCGGCUCACCACAUUCCACAACUGGCCCACGGGUGCUGCGGUCCAGCCCAAUGUUCUGGCGAGGGCAGGAUUCUUCUACACAGGCCACGGUGACAACGUAAAAUGCUUUCACUGUGACGGAGGGCUGAGGAACUGGGAACCUGGAGAUGACCCCUGGCAGGAGCAUGCCAAGUGGUUCCCACGAUGUGACUUCCUGAUCCAGACGAGAGGACGUGACUAUGUCAGUAACAUCCAGGCUACCCACUUCCACAGAGAGACUGUGGGUGGAUCACAGGCACCGGUGUCUCAAGAAAUUACUUCAGAAAAUGACGUGGUGGGUGGUCUGGGCACACCCGCAGUCAUGCUGUCUCCUGUGGUCCAGACCGUACUCCAGAUGGGCUUUGAGGCUGGCCUGCUGGAGAGUCUGGUCCAGACCAAGUACCUGCUGACCGGCCAGCACUACACCUCCGUGUCUGGCCUGGUCACUGACGUACUGGCUGCUGAGGAGGAGGACAGGACCAGGGGGCUGCAGAGCAGAGUCCAGGAGCCGGUGGAGAGACAGGGUCCCAGUGCAGGAGGGGUCAGGACACAGACACCCAUUAGAGAAAAAGUGGGAGACUCCACCCCUGAGGAGCUCCUGCGUCAGCUGCAGGAGGAGCGGACAUGUAAGGUGUGUAUGGACAAGCUGGUAUCCAUCGUCUUCAUCCCCUGUGGUCAUCUGGUGGUGUGUAGCGACUGUGCUGCCAGCCUGCGUCACUGCCCCAUCUGCAGAGCCACCAUCAGAGGCAGCGUCCGAGCAUUCAUGUCCUGAGAGUCGCAUUCAAGUACAAGACCCUUGUGCUUUUGUUUGCCUUUGACAAAUGAAGAGAGAUUCUACAACCCCUCGGGGCGGCUCAUCUUUCUAUAGGUGCUGUGAGAAUUUUGUGAAUAUGUCCCCUGGAUUUUAGAUGCCUGACAGAUCUGACCCAUUCUCCUAACCUCAAUACUGUUCAGCUGUUGAUUUGCCCUGCUCAAAAUAACCUCCAAAAUCAAAAUGGCUUCUUUUUGGAUGUAGUAAAAGUUGUUGAAUAUAUUUAUUUUGAUACAGUAAACACAUUUCCAAUAUAAUUAUUGGUGUUUACAGAGAUCAUCUGGCAGAGCAAGAAUAUCAGUCCAACUGCACAUCAGAUUACAGUUAGUUUGUACAAAUACUAAAAAUAAUCCCUAAAACAAAUUACCCAGAAUUGGUUUAUUAAAAGUAUACAUCAUUUGGCCUCCCGAGUGGCGCAGCGGUCUUAGGCACUGCAUUGCAGUGCUUGAGGCGUCACUACAGACCCGGUUGCAACCCGGAGACCCAUGAGGUGGCACACAAUUGGCCCAGCAUCGUCCAGGUUAGGGGAGGUUUGGCCGGCCAUAAUGUCCUUGUCCCAUCGCACUCUAGCGACUCCUGUGGCGGGCCGGGCGCAUAAACAUGCUGACACAGUUGCCGGUUGUAUGGCGUUUCCCCCGACACAUUGGUGCGGCUGGCUUCCGUGUUGGGCGAGCAGUGUGUCAAGAAGCAAUGCGGAAUGGAAGGGGUGUUUCGAUGGACGCAUGGCUCUCGACCUUUUGCCUCUCCCGAGUCCGUACGGGAGUUGCAGCGAUGGGACAAGACUGUAACUACCAAUUGAAUACCACGAACUUGGGGAGAAAAAGUACAACAUUUGUUUAUUAACAAACUGAUAUUUACACUAUUGAACACAGCACAGGUCUGGACAAAUAUGAUUACAUAAUUGAGUCACAUGAAGAGGACUACAAAAUAAAGACAAAUACAAAUAGAAAAACAAUUAUCUACAAAGUGGACUUUUUUUCCAGUGGUAUCCAUUACAUGACCACAAUAGGCUCCAACUAACCAAUGUCAGGCUCUUUCAUUCCCUGUUGCAGAGGCUGUAUUGCAUUGAAAGGAAAAAAACUGUUCCUGUAAAUCAAAUUAUUUUAGGUGUCUAAAGAUAUUUUUUUAUCAAGA